ACAAAAACUCUGCGAAGUUUCGGUCUCUCCGUCUAGAGAGCCCAGACGCAGAAUCGAGAUCCAAUCAGUGAUUCACCGAUUCGACGUCCGUUGAAUCAAUUCAAUCAGAAUUGCGCAGAACUUCGAUUGAUCUGGAGAGCUGAGGCUCUAGGGAGGAGAAAGACACGGCAAUAUGAUAGUGGAGGAUCUAGGUGUGGAAGCGAAGGAAGCGGCGGUGAGGGAGGUAGCGAAGCUUCUACCGCUGCCGGAGCUUUUGCAAGCCAUUUCCUCAAUUAAAGCAGAUUACAUUGCUCGUCAACAGGCAAAUGAUGCACAACUAAGUACAAUGGUUGCCGAACAGGUUGAGAAGGCACAAGCAGGUCUUGAGUCACUCUCCCUGUCUAAAAAGGAAAUAAGUAGUCUCAGAGACAAUUUCGGGGAAAUUGAAAGGUUAUGUCAAGAAUGCCAAACUUUGAUUGAAAAUCAUGAUCAAGUAAAGCUCCUCAGUAACGCAAGGAAUAACCUGAACACAACACUGAAGGAUGUAGAGGGUAUGAUGUCAAUCUCUGAUGAGGCUGCUGCAGCGCAUCGUUCUUUAAGUGAUGACAAGGAACUUAUUAACACCUACGAGAGGCUGACAGCCCUUGACGGGAAACGGAGGUUUGCCUUAGCAGCAGCUUCAUCUCAUGAAGAAGAGGUUGGUCGGCUGAGUGAAUACUUUGAAGACAUAGAUCGCACAUGGGAGACAUUUGAGAAGACAUUAUGGGGUCAUAUUGCCAACUUCUUAAAACUUGCGAAAGAAAGCCCACAAACAUUGGUUCGAGCAUUGAGGGUUAUUGAAAUGCAAGAAAUAAUUGAUGAACAAUUAGCUACAGAAGCAGCGGAGGCAGAAGGUGGUGAUGCGAUGGAAUCUGUAGCAAAUCCUCGUAGAAAUGCCAAGAAAACAGCAACUUCAAUGCCAUCCUCUAGAAAUCUUACACAACAUAAGAAGGUUAAAGGUAAAGGCUACAAGGAUAAAUGUUAUAAAGAAAUAACCCAGUCAGUUGAAGCACGCUUCGAUCGGUUGUGCAGUGAGCUUGUAUUUGAAGACCUCAAAGGAGCUCUGGAGGAAGCUAGAACGAUUGGUGAAGAACUUGGAGAUAUAUACGACUAUGUUGCCCCUUGCUUUCCUCCCAGAUAUGAAAUAUUCCAGCUUAUGGUUAAUCUCUAUACUGAGAGAUUCAUUCAGUGGCUGAGAUUACUAAGUGACAGAGCUAAUGAUCUGACAAAUAUAGAGAUAUUAAAGAUAACUGGCUGGAUUGUUGAAUAUCAAGAAAAUUUAAUUGGACUUGGUGUUGAUGAGUCUCUAGCUCAAGUUUGUUCUGAAAGCGGUGCAAUGGAUCCUCUUAUGAAUGCAUAUGUUGAAAGAAUGCAAGCCACAACAAGGAAAUGGUACUUGAAUAUACUUGAGGCUGAUAAGGUACAGCCACCAAAGAAAACAGAGGAAGGAAAACUUUACACACCAGCUGCUGUUGAUUUGUUUCGAAUCCUUGGAGAGCAAGUACAAAUCGUACGAGAAAAUAGCACUGAUGUCAUGUUAUAUCGAAUUGCUCUAUCCAUCAUUCAGGUAAUGAUCGAUUUUCAAGCAGCUGAAAGGCAAAGAUUUGAAGAACCUGCAUCAGAAAUUGGUCUAGAAUGUUUAUGUGCACUGAUCAAUAACAAUCUUCGAUGUUAUGAUCUUGCCAUGGAGUUAAGUUCAAGCACCCUUGAAGCUCUCCCACCUAAUUAUGCUGAACAGGUUAAUUUUGAGGACACUUGUAAAGGCUUUCUGGAGGUUGCGAAGGAAGCUGUUCAUCAAACUGUCAGUGUCAUUUUUGAAGAUCCAGGAGUUCAGGAGCUACUUGUAAAGUUAUAUCAAAAGGACUGGUUGGAAGGACAGGUUACCGAAUACCUAGUUGCUACAUUUGGUGAUUACUUUACAGAUGUGAAGAUGUACAUAGAAGAAAGAUCGUUUAGGCGAUUUGUGGAGGCCUGCUUGGAGGAAACUAUUAUUGUUUAUGUUGACCAUCUGCUUGUCCAGAAAAAUUAUAUCAAAGAAGAGACAAUUGAAAGGAUGAAGCUGGAUGAAGAGGUUCUCAUGGACUUCUUCCGGGAGUAUAUAAGUGUUUCUAAAGUCGAAAAUAGAGUGAGGGUACUGGCUGACCUGCGAGAACUUGCUUCAUCAGAGAGCCCAGAUUCUUUCACACUUGUGUAUACCAAUAUUCUGGAUCAUCAACCAGAUUGUCCACCGGAAGUGGUUGAAAAAAUUGUUAGCUUGCGUGAAGGCAUACCAAGAAAAGAUGCUAAAGAGGUGGUUCAGGAAUGCAAAGAAAUAUACGAAAAUUCUCUUGUUGAUGGAAAUCCACCGAAGACAGGUUUCGUCUUCCCAAGGGUGAAGGCCCUAUCGGCUUCCAAACAGCACCGCAUUUGGCGAAAACUCACCUAGACAUCUGUUGAUACUCCCCAUCCCGUUCUUGUUUGAAGCUGCGACCGGUAUCUUCCAACCUUGCCCCUCUAUGCGUGUAUAUAAUUGAGUGUAACCGUUCGAUCUUAUUCUAGUUUAUGUCAAUUCAACGUAAGUGAAAUGUUUCUAUAGCCAGAAGUCAGUGUGAUUUGAAAACUUCGCCAGCCAACAAUAAUGACUAGAACCAUGUCUUGAAUUCAUGUAAUUUUUGUAACUCAAAAUUAAAUUAUUUGUUUCCA